CGUUUGAUUUGGAAUAUUUUCACCUCUCAGAGCAGAGUGGCACGGCUCUAGUUUCUCGGGCUACACCCACAGAGCUGGUAUUUAAGUGGGUUCCUCCUCCCAGACUUCAUCAGUCUGCUGCAGGGAGAAUAACAAGAGUGACAGGAACCAGUACUACUGACAAACAUGCGUUUGGAGACUUCAGCCACAUUCUCUGUUCUCCUGCUUAUUAUUUCAUCGACAGCUGGCCUGGACUGUUCCCAACCCUGUGCCUGUUCUGCAGAGCCCCCCCCCUGCCCGCUGGGCACCAGUCUGGUCCUGGAUGGCUGUGGCUGCUGUAAGGUGUGUGCCAGGCAGCUGAGAGAGCCCUGCUCCCUGCUGGAGCCCUGCGACCAUCACAAGGAGCUCUACUGCGACUACACUCUGCUGAGUGACAGUGAGACUGGCAUCUGCAUGGCUCAGGAGGGUCAGACGUGUGACCUGGGGGGCAAGAUCUACCGCAGCGGGGAGUCCUUCCGGCCGAGCUGUAAGCACCAGUGCGUGUGUAUGAACGGAGAGAUCGGCUGCGUGCCGAUGUGUGCUAACAACGUCCUGCUGCCCUCACCUGACUGCCCGUACCCCCGCCGGGUCCACAUCCCUGGGCGGUGCUGUGAGGAGUGGCUGUGUGAGCAGUCGCCUCCGGACCACCACUAUCAGUCAGUGCUGGCCGGUGCUUCUCAGAUUCGUCCCUUGCCCUCUUCCAAUCCAAUCUCAGUCUUCAGAAGUUUGUCUCCUCGUGGACCACAGGCAGAGAGUCCCAGAGAUAACUGUAUUGUCCAGACGACAGAGUGGAGUGAGUGCUCGGCCACCUGCGACAUAGGCGUCUCCUCUCGCGUCACCAACGACAACCAGCGCUGCCAGCUGGAGAGGCAGAGUAGGAUCUGCAUGCUCCGACCCUGCAGCAGCCAGCAGCACAAAGACAUCAAGAAGGGAAAGAAAUGUGUCCGGACGCCAAAGGCCCAGCACGGGAUGCGCUUUGAGUUGUCGGGCUGCUCCAGCACCAGGCUGUACAAACCAAAGUUCUGCGGUGUCUGCACAGACAAUCGCUGCUGCACGCCGCACACCACCAUCACAGCCCCGGUGGAGUUCCACUGUCCAGAUGGAGAUGUCUUCACCAAGAACAUGAUGUUCAUCAAGACCUGCUCAUGCCAUCAUGACUGUCCACAAGAUAACGACAUCUUCCUGGCGUCCAACACUCGGAGGAUGAUUGGAGACUAUGAUAAUGACAUGUGAUGAAAGGUUACACACACACACACACACACACACACACACACACACACACACACGCACACACACAAAUCAGGACUGCACUAUUCUAACACCCUAACCUAAAACCCUUACAACUACACAUCUAACCUUCAUUGUAAUCCAGCCUUAAAGUACAGAGUAAGUAAUUCAUUACUUUUUCAAAGAG